AUUUUUCUGGCGUAUAUAAAAGAUUGUGAUUCCAAAAGUUAGACAGUGAUAUAGUCAAAACGACUAUUUACGUUGCAGUUCAUACAAAAUGAAGCACUUUGCGAUUUUAGUUAUUUUUGCAGCGGUCACCAUGGUAACAGGCGGAGUUUUGGUUGGUGCACCCGAAAAACAGUCCACUAGCGACAGACCUCUUCGACGAAUGGCAGAGUUUGCUGUUGGGGAGCUUGGAUCCGAAUAUGAACUAGUUCGAGUUGUUUCGGGUACGAAACAGGUCGUGAAUGGCUUUAUGUAUAAUAUUGAACUGAUUGUUAAAAAGGUGAUUCCAGGAAGGAAGAACCAAAGACGACGCUGUAAGGUGUUGGUUUAUGAAAUAAGACACCAAAGAUACCUCGAGCUGGAAGAAUUCCACUGCCACUUUAGUAAGAAGGCACCGAGACUUUAAUUUACCUGACACACGCAGAAUUAUUUUAAUCAAGAUUUCUUUUACAUGUAAAUCAUGCAUAACUUAUAAAUUGAACAGAUUACAUGUAGAAAAAGAUUUACAAUUACCUCAAGUUACAUACUUUGUUCUUCAUUAUAGAUAGUUUUAGAAAAAGACUAACUAAAUAAAUGAUUACAAGGUAUUUUUGUCGUUUCUUUUAGUAUUCAGAAUUUCAAUAAAAUGUCAAAAAUAAUCUUGAAUUAAAUUCAAAUAUAUAU